AAUGACCAAUCUUUCAUUUAUGCCUCCAUUUUAUUUUUUUUUUAUUUUUCUAUUCAUUCUCCUAAAAUUCUACAUUAGCCAUGGAUUUAAAACGUAUCAAUGCUCUUAUCCGAGACAUUCCCGACUUUCCAAAACCGGGUAUUCUGUUCAAGGACAUCUUUCCAUUGUUUCAGGAUCCAAUCGCUGUUGAAAUGGUGAUCACUCAUAUUGUGAACCAUAUCAAUACAUCCUUUGACAAGAAGAUUGAUGUUAUUGUAGGUCUGGAUGCUCGUGGUUUCCUUUUCGGUCCUAUUAUUGCUAUGCGUCUUGGUGCCGCAUUUGCCCCCGUCCGCAAGGCUGGCAAGCUUCCUGGCACCACUAUCCAAGUCGCAUAUGAGAAGGAAUAUGGCACUGACUUAUUCGAGAUGCAGUGUGACUCAAUUAAGCCUGGUCAGAAUGUGAUUGUGAUUGAUGACUUGAUUGCAACUGGUGGAAGCGCUAGGGGUGCUCAGGAACUGAUUGAAAAGAUGCGCGGCAAUGUCUUAUCUUUCAUCUUCUUGAUUGAACUUGAGUUUUUAAAGGGCAAGGACAUCCUUAAAGCCCCUGUCUACUCCAUGAUCAAGGCUUGAAAUGACAUUGAGAAUAUAGAGGACAUAGAAGACGUUGAAUGUUGAAAGGGUACAAGGC